AUGCCCCCACACAGGCCGCUCAUCCCCGAGUGGGAGCGCGUCGCGAACACCGCGUCAAAGCCCUACUACAUGUUCACCAUGCCCAUCCACAAGUCCCGCAACGACGACCGCGACUACAGGAUCAUCCAGCUCGACAAUGGACUCCAGGCGAUGGUGGUCCACGACGCCAAGGCGGACAAGGCCGCCGCUAGCUUGGAUGUGUCCGUCGGUCAUCUCUACGACCCCGAUGAUAUGCCCGGUCUAGCGCACUUCUGCGAGCAUCUCCUCUUCAUGGGUACAGAACUCUAUCCCCGGGAGAACGAGUACUCGGAGUACCUCGCCAAAAACAACGGAAACUCCAACGCCUUCACGGGCACCUCUAACACGAACUACUAUUUCAGCGUUGCGACCGAUGCGCUUCCGGGCGCGCUCGCACGCUUCGCAGCCUUCUUCCACUGCCCGCUCUUCUCUCCCUCAUGUACGUCUCGCGAACUCAACGCGGUGGACUCGGAGCACAAGAAGAACCACCAGUCGGACAUGUGGCGAAUUUUCCAGUUGAAUAAGCACCUCAGCAAGCCUGGGCACCCCUGGAGCAAAUUCGGCAGUGGCAAUCGCGACAGCCUGUCCAAGGUCGGCAGGGACCUCAAAGCGAAGGGCCUCCUCGCGCCCUCCACGCCCUCGGUGCCCAAAUCGGCCGACGGUAGCCUUGCUACCACUCCCACCUCUUCUCGCGUCCCGUCUCCCACGCCGUCGUCCUUCUCCACCUCGAGCGAGAUGGACGGCGACGGAGGGAGCGUCGGCCGGGAGACGCGCCGCAGGCUCGUCGAAUGGUGGAGCAAGGAGUACUGCGCGGGACGGAUGCGACUUUGCGUGAUCGGGAAAGAAUCGCUGGACGAGCUCUCGAGCAUGGUCGCCGAGCUGUUCGCUCCCAUCCCCAAUCGGGGCCAGGACCCUCUUCCGAUGAUCAACGAUCAUCCCUUUGGACCCAAUGAGAGAGCGAGUCUGGUAUCGGUGCAAACGAUCAUGACUUUCCACGCGGUGGAGGUGUCGUUCCCGCUUCCCUGGUUGGCAUCUCAAUGGCGCUACCAGCCUGGAAACUUCCUGAGUCAUUUCCUGGGCCACGAGGGCCCAGGGUCGCUCCACUCAUACCUGAAGAACAAGGGCUGGAUCACCGCGCUGAGCGCGGGACCGCAGAACCUCGCUCGCGGCUUCGCCAUGAUCAAGAUCACGCUGAACAUGACCAAGCUAGGCUUUGAUAACUACCGGGAAGUCACGCUCACGAUCUUCAAGUACCUUAAUCUGCUCCGUUCAUCCAACUUCCCGGCGUGGUACCAACGCGAAAUCAGCCUCCUCAAGGCCACCCGUUUCCGGUUCGCGGAAAAGCGUCGCCCGGACGAUUACGCCGUAUGGGUUACCGAACACCUCUCGUGGCCCGUUUCUCGAGAACUCGUGCUCAGCGCGCCGCAGCUCGUCUGGGAAUGGGACGAGACCGAUCCCGUCAAUGGCGGAGAGGGCGAGAUGCGCCAGGUCCUCGACAGCCUGACUGUUGACCGUGGCCGCGUCGUCUUGAUGGCGCAGAAGGACGUGCACGAGCGUGUCCGUGGCGCGAGCGAGUGGGAGUCAGAGCCGUGGUACGGCACUGAGUACCGCGUCGAGAAGCUCGACGCGGGCUUCAUGGCGGAAGCACAAGCUCCGAACGACAUCCCCGAGCUCUUCCUCCCCGGUCCGAACGAGUUCAUCCCGACGAACCUCGACGUGCAGAAGCGGCCGGUGGAUCAGCCUCUGAAGCGGCCCCUUCUCAUCCGCGACAUGCCUCGCACGAGCCUGUGGCAUAAGAAGGACGACACCUUCUGGGUUCCCAAGGCACACGUUCUCAUUGACAUCCGAACACCGGAAGCCAACUCUUCCGCGAGAGCCAGUGUCAUGACCCGGCUCUUCUCCGAUCUCGUUAACGACACUCUCACCGAGUUCGCAUACGAUGCGGAUCUCGCGGGAUUGAGUUACAACUUCUCUGCGCAGACGCUCGGGGUAUCCGUCGUGCUGUCCGGGUAUAACGACAAGCUCCACGUUCUCGCUCGCGACGUCUUCGAGCGCGUGCGAAACGUCCAGCUCCGAGCGGAAAGGCUGGAAGUCAUGAAGGACCAGGCCAAGCGCGACUACGAGAAUUUCUACAUGGGCCCGUCAUUCCGUGUGUCCGACUACUACGGUCGCCACCUGCUUACCGAGCAGCAGUGGAUCCUUGCGGAGAAACUGGCUGAAGUUUCUUCGAUCACGAUCGAGGAGAUGGAGGCGCAUGCCGCUCGUCUGUUGUCCAGGGCUCACUCGCGGAUGCUGGUCGUCGGUAACAUGACCCGAGAUGGCGCUAUUCAAUUGGCGGAGACGAUGGAAAACAUCCUCGACUUCUCUCCUAUGGACCCAUCUGCCAUGGUGGACACGGCACUCAUCCCGCCCGAUGGUUCGAACCUAGUCUGGAAGACGGUCGUCCCCAACCAGAACGAACCUAACUCCUCUUUGGCAUACUAUAUGCACAUCGGUUCAUACCUGGAGCCUCGCCUCAGGGUCACGUCUGCGCUGCUCACACAGAUCCUCUCGGAGCCCGCAUUCAAUGUCCUUCGCACGCGCGAGCAGCUCGGCUAUAUCGUCUCGCUAUCCCAGAUGGUUUCCCCGGGCGAAUCGAAUAUCGGCAUCCGGAUCGUCAUUCAGAGCGAGCGCGGCCCGGUGUACCUCGAGGAGCGCGUCGACGCCUUCCUUGAGGAGAUGAAGGACAAGCUCGAGGACAUGAAGGCCGCCGAGUUCAGGGAACAGCAGGCCGGACUCGAGCGCAGGUGGAGAGAGGCAGCAAAGAACCUCGGCGAGGAGACCAACCGUUACUGGACCCAGAUCGAUUCUGGCUACCUGGACUUCCUAAGACGUGACCACGACGCGAGUCUCGUGAAGAGUAUCACGAAGGCGGACGUCAUCGCGAUGUUCAUGAGCCGGGUCCACCCCUCUUCCUCCACUCGGGCCAAGAUCGCGGUGCAUCUCCACUCGCAGAAGCCUCGCCCCAAGAAGAUCGGCCUCGCGGCGAUGGAGGCCUUCGAGGCUUUGCUCGUCGACAAGGGCAUUGCGGUCGAUACCCAGAAGUGGAGGGAGGAGCUCACCGGCGAGGGCGAGCCACUCCUCACGCAGUUCGGGAAGUACUGGCAGGAGACGCUGUCUUCGCUGUCUCCAUCUAUCUCCCCUGAGGUCGCCCAGGAGCUCAUGGCCGCUCUGCCGGGGAUCAUGGAGAAGAACCCUGCGGAUGCCGACUAUGAGGGCACCGUCAAGGAGGGCGUUCGCUUCGUUGAGGAUCCCAAGGCAUUCAAGGCGUCGCUUCGGAGGGCUGAUCCUCCGAGACCCCUAGUGAACUGGGAUGAUCUGCCACAAUCUAAGUUCUGA